GGGACACAAACAGUGGGUCGGUAUGAAAAGCUUUAACAGCGUCAAUAGCAGCAGUUUCUUUCCACUGUGGAAGAAGGCAAGCGACGAGAGAAACAACAACAGCCAGCCUGCAGAGAAAGAGCAAACUGUUUUUUUUAUAUCCGACUCGUGCGACUUGUUUGUCGCUUUGUUGUCCGGGAGAAGCAGCGUAUGAGGAGGCCAGCUACGGAGGUUUAAUCUCUGAAAUGCAACGGUGGACUUUAUUCAUGCAGCGAGCUAGUUAGCUAACGAGAGGAGUAAGUUAGCCUUGUAGUGAUUUAUGGUAGUGCGUUAACGUUAGCUGGAUGGCAAUGUUGGUGGAGUCAUAAAAGUUGUUGUUCUUGCAUAAUUUCGACUCUGGUCAUCUCAGUCUAAAGAGCAGUUGGAUUGUUUCACUCACAGCUUUCCUGCCCUGACAGCUCCCUCCGUCCAUCGACUCUUCACUGUCCUGAGCUGAGGGGGGACAACUCUGAAUAUGGCGAGUGUUUCAAAUAGAGACUACAAAACUGGCGCUUUUAGGUCACUGGACUGGCACGUUGACCAGCUAGUGUACCCAAGAUAAACAUUGUUAAAUUGUACAAUUCAUGUAAUGGUCAAGGAGAGUGACUGAUUUCCUCUGUAUGUCUCACUGCAAGCAAUGGGAUACCACUGCUAGAUCCAUCUUAAAAGCACAUAGACCCUUGCCUCCGUUGAAGUUCAACAAAUUGAUAUUGCUGGACAUGGACUUGCGCUGGAUGUGAAGACCGUCUGGAAACCUCAAUCAUCACAGCUGUCUGAGCCUUGCUGCGGGUCCCCAGAGCUUAUUUGAGGGCCAACAUGUCAUCAAUGUCAGGGUCCACGACUGUGCAGCUUUUCACCAAGCUUGUCAAGCAUGCGGUGGGCAAGGCACAGAUUCAGCUGAACCGCUGGCUGCAGAGGACUGCCACAGAUGAGUGUGACAAAAUUGACAUACUGAUAUGCAGCGCCUUCGAAGAGACAGGGGCCGGCAUAGGGAAGUCAGAUGGAGACCCUGAGGUUAUCAGUGACACCGGGGGAACGACCUUCAGCAACAGUGGAGAGUUCAGACACCCAUGCUGUAUCACCACCUUUUGCUUCAAGAGUGCCCUGCUGGCAUGCGUCCUGACUGCUGUGUGCUUCUCCUCGGUUGCACUGGUUCGCCAAUACCUCAAGGACCUACUGCUCUGGGUGGAGAGCUUGGACAGCCUCGUCGGAGCCUUGCUGUUUAUAGUUGGUUUGAUUAUCGUGUCGUUCCCGUGUGGAUGGGGAUAUAUUGUUCUUAAUGUCGCAGCUGGCUACCUCUACGGAUUUGUGCUGGGCAUGGGACUAGUUAUGGUCGGAGUUUUAAUAGGGACCUUUGUGGCACACCUGGUGUGCAAACGACUAUUGACUGACUGGGUGCUGAACAAGGUUGGGAACAGUGAACAGCUCAGUGCUGUCAUACGAGUGGUGGAGGGAGGAAGUGGACUUAAAGUUGUGGCCUUAGCGAGACUCACCCCCAUACCAUUUGGGCUCCAAAAUGCAGUUUUCUCGGUGAGUAUGAAAACACCACUACCAAGCCUUUCCUUUUCACUUUUUAAUUUUUAGACUAAGCGAUUAAUCGUCUGGUCUAAAAAAUGUCAGAAGAUAGGGGAAAAUGUCCAUCCCAGUUUCUCAAAGUCCAAACCCCAAAGAUAUUUUGUUCAUUAUGAUAUAGAAUAGAGAAAAGCCAGAAAUCUCCAUAUUUGAGAGUCUGAAAAUAGCAAUUUCUGCCAUUUUUGCAUGAAAAAUUACUUUAGCUUUCCAUCCACAACCAAUUAACCAAUCCAUAAGUCGACUAAUCGUUGCAGCUCUACUUUUUACUUUAAGGACAUCAGCCAUUCAUAUAGU